GACCAACCAGUGAUCCACUAUUCCAUUACCUCUUUUCUUUUCUUUUCUUUAAACACUAACACAUCUGCAACAAAGGACCUGAUCUGGUCAAAUUCCCUUCAACGAUUCAGUUUCACCCACAACAAUGGCUUCCACUACCUCUCUAUCUUUUCCUUCUCUCCAUCCAAACUUUCAGUCAUCCAGGAGAUUGUCAUCUUCGAAGCCCUCCUCUCGUCGAGUUUUUUUCGGUCCGAUCUCUGCGUCAGUGUCUGAUAUGCCAUCAGUGCCGGUUUCUCCGGUAACGCUGCCUCCCCCUGAGCCUGCCGAGCUCCCCAUUCGUAAAAUUCCAGGAAACUAUGGCGUCCCUUUCUUUGGGGCGAUAAAAGAUCGUGUUGAUUAUUUUUAUAACCAAGGUCGUGAGGAGUUCUUCAAGUCACGCGUCCAGAAGUACAGGUCGACGGUGUUCAGAGCUAACAUGCCACCCGGUCCUUUUAUUGCUCCGGACUCGCGAGUCGUCGUUUUACUCGACGGCAAGAGCUUUCCAGUGCUGUUCGACGUCACCAAGGUUGAAAAGAAAGACCUUUUCACUGGAACAUACAUGCCCUCCACCGAACUCACCGGUGGUUAUCGGAUUCUCUCGUAUCUCGACCCGUCCGAGCCGAGUCACGAGAAGCUCAAGCGCCUCAUGUUCUUCCUCCUCAAGUACCGUCGCGAGCAUGUCAUACCCGAGUUCCAUUCCAGCUACGCCGAGCUCUUCGAGGGACUCGAGCAGGAGCUCGCCACCAACGGGAAAGCCGCUUUCGGAGAUCCCAGUGAUCAAGCCGCUUUUAACUUCUUGACACGUGCACUGUAUGGCACGAACCCGGCUGAGUCCAAGAUAGGGACCAACGGGCCAUCGCUGAUUGCGAAGUGGAUACUGUUCCAGCUCAGCCCUCUGCUCACACUCGGCCUCCCAAAACAAGUCGAGGAACUCCUCAUCCACACCUACCCCCUCCCUCCAUUUCUGGUCAAAUCCGACUACCAGAAGCUCUACGACUUCUUCUACGAGUCCUCCGGGCCCGUACUCGACGAGGCCGAAAGAUUGGGCAUUUCCAGAGAUGAAGCUUGCCACAACUUGGUAUUUGCCACUUGCUUUAAUUCCUUCGGAGGAAUGAAGAUCUUUUUCCCCAACGUGGUGAAGUUGAUCGGCCGAGCUGGGGUCAAACUCCACACCCAGUUGGCCAAGGAGAUCAGAUCAGUCGUUAAAGCCAAUGGAGGAAGAGUCACGAUGGCCGCCAUGGAACAGAUGCCCCUGAUGAAGUCCGUCGUGUACGAGUCGCUCCGGAUCGAACCUCCAGUACCGCUACAAUACGGAAGAGCAAAGCGUGACCUCAUCAUCGAGAGCCACGACGCGGCUUUCAAAGUCAAGGAAGGCGAAAUGAUCUUUGGGUUCCAGCCAUUCGCCACCAAGGACCCGAAAAUAUUCGACAGACCCGAAGAGUUCGUUCCGGACCGGUUCGUCGGAGAGGGUGAGAGAUUGCUCAAGCACGUUUUAUGGUCAAACGGGCCGGAGGACGAGACUCCGACGGUCGGAAACAAGCAGUGUGCCGGAAAGGACUUCGUGGUGCUGGUAUCUCGGCUUCUUGUGGUGGAGCUGUUUCGCCGAUACGAUUCGUUCGAGAUCGAAAUCGGUACGUCGCCGUUGGGGGCCUCGGUCAACUUAACUUCUCUCAAAAGAGCGAGCUUUUGAUCGGACUUUAAGGAGUACUUUUGGAAUCUAAGCACCACUUUUCCGGAGGUUUUUUUGCCUUUAGAAUGUAUAUGUACCAGAUAGGUUACUAAAAUCAGUUGCAGUGGAGCGACACGUAUAAUUAAUGAUUCAUUAUUGUGUACUCUAUUUUUAAAAAAAGCAUGAUAUAUUAUAAAAGAAUUUAUUUUUUUA